ACUCUCGUUGCGUGCAUGGUGGUACCAAGAUGGCCAAUACCAAUUCAGCUUCGCAUGCAUCAAGAGGACAGCCGGUAGUGGCAUACAUGGAUACUAACGUAUAUAGCCCUAUACACAGUGUGUUUCAUAUGCCCGCCAUCUUGACAGGAACUGUUGUUGCAUUCUAUUCCCGUAGGGCAGGGACAAGUUGACGGUCAACCAGCAUCGAAUGGUACAUAUUUAGU